AGCCGAAGCAGCAGCACCAGCAUCAGCAUUUCUCUUCCAGCAAUGCCACCCCUCGACUUGUCUGCUGAAGGACUCGAAUCCUUUCUGAAGGAAUUGGGCAGCAUCUUCGAAAACCCGCAAUUGCCACCUCCAGCCGAUUCGCUCAGCACUCUACUCGCUCCUCUUGCCGAGCUGCUCAAGGCGGUGGAGGGCAUGAUACUCCCCCCCGCAGAGGACGCCGAAGCCCGGAACAUCACCUCUGCACUGCGCGACAUCUUCCAAAAGCAGUCGAUCCUGAAGGAGAAGCUCUCUGCACUCCAAACACUGGCCACCGACGGAGGCCUCGCAUCUGCAGACCUCGAGUCUGUGAAAGACAUCGCCAGACGCCAGUGGACCCUCUACGAAGCGCAGGACAACUUGGGUCUUCGCCUGCUGCAACAGCUGAGAGCUCUCCUUGAGGCCCUCUUCCCAAAUCUAGAGCAGCAAGAGCAGCAACAACGGGAGCAGCAACAGCAGCAG